AUGUUACGGGGGAUGACGUCACCCACAGAUAUGGCCCUGGAGGAAGUGGCCGAGGGAGGGGGCGGGCGUGUCCCUCUCCUCCCGAGCACACGACACCAGACACGGACUCAGCAGCAUCAGCACCAGCGCAAACAUCCAGGACCUGAUCUCCAUCCGCCCUGCCGCCCCUGCAUCCUCCUCACGGACUCACUGACCCACGGACUCACGCGCACCAUGGCCCCGGUGGACGCGAUAGACGCAGAGCAGAUCGUGGCAGUCCCAGUGGGCGUGGCCGUGCUGUCGGUCUUGGGUCUGGUCUUCUCGGUCUCGGGGUUCGCGUGGAUCUGCUGCCAGAGGAAGAGCUCCAAGUCCCAGAGUCCUCCCUUUAAGUUUGUGCACAUGCUGAAGGGAGUGGACAUCUACCCCGAGAGGACCGCAACAUCCCACGACCACAACCUCACCGACGUCAACGGCAACUGCCCCCCCAGCCCCCCAGGAACCAAGACCAGCAUGCACCUGGAGCUGGAGAACCGAGAUCUCAAUGGGAACUUCACCUGCACCAAGCCAGAGCUGAAGGUGCGAGGCUCCCCAGACCUGGAGCUGCCCUCCCCCCACAGAGGCUUCACCCAGCCUGCCUCCCCCUCCAGCACCAGCUCCAGCCAGGCCCCCACCCCCCUGCUGGAGAGCAGCUCUGCCCCGGGACAGGAGGGCCUGGCCGGGCUCGGAACUCUGCACUUCUCUUUAGAGUACCAGGGCGAGAAGAAGGCCUUCAUCGUGCACAUCAAGGAAGCCCACGGCCUGACCCCCACAGACGGACACUCUCUGACCUCUGACCCCUACGUAAAGCUGACCCUGCUGCCGGAGAAGAAGCACCGUGUGAAGACCCGGGUCCUGAGGAAGACCCUGCAACCGGCCUUCGAGGAGACCUUCAGCUUCUACGGCCUCAGCGCGGCUGCAGUGGCUCAGCUCUCACUACACUUUGUGGUCCUCAGCUUUGACCGUUUCAGCCGCGACGAGGUCAUCGGGGAGACCCUUGUCCCUCUGCACGGGAUCGACCUCAGCGAGGGGCGGGUCCUGAUGAGCCGGGAGAUCCUCAAGAAGGACACCAAGAAGACCUGUGGAAGAGGAGAGUUGCUCCUGUCCUUGUGUUACCAGUCCACCACUAACAGCCUGAGUGUGGUGGUACUGAAGGCUCGCCAUCUGCCCCGCAACGACCACAGCCAAUCAGAGCCCUUUGUGAAGGUGAACCUGUUCCAUGGAAAACAGCGUGUGUGUAAGAAGAAGACUCAUGUGAAGAAGUGUUCUCCAAACCCGGUCUUUAACGAGUUGUUUGUGUUCGAGCUGACCUCGGAUCAGCUGCUGCGGGACGUGAGCGUGGAGCUGCUGCUGAUCGACUCCCUCACCCCCUCCCUCACCCGCCUCACCCCCCACGGCCCCCGCCCCGUCCUGGGCCGCCUCCUCCUGGGCACCUCCUCCGCUGGGACCCCAGGGGAGCACUGGAGAGAGAUCUGCGAGCAUCCCAGACGCCAGAUCGCCAAGUGGCACGCCAUGACGGAGGACUAG